CCAUUCAGUUUAUUGCAGGCUAGGCUAGAAUUCCAACUGACUCACGCAAAAUACUCUACAGUGAUGGCCGAAUAACUUGUCUACGUAUUUCCUUGUGGUUUCUACAGAAAAUAUUAUGUAUUCUAAAGUGAUUUUGUUUUAUGUAUUUGCAUCGGCUAUUUAUCCAGCAAAAUCAGAUUUCUACGAUUGCAACCAACCGCUUCUGAAUAAUGCCCAGAUAAAAGCUACAUCUUCAUUAAGAGAUCGAGGUCCUGAAAAUGCUCGUCUCAAUGGCCUGCAUGCAUGGAGUGCGGGGAACUCAGACCUGGUUCAGUAUCUGAUCAUAGAUCUAGGCCAGCAGAUGAAGAUCUCGCUGAUUUCGAUGCAGGGGCGCCGGCACUCCAAUGAGUAUGUCAUGGAGUAUUCCAUCAGCUACGGCGCCAACGGUCGCGACUUCGCCGAUUACAAAGAGUCUGACGGCAAUAUCAAGAUGUUCAAAGGAAACGUGAAUGGGGAUGAGACUAGAACGAACACUUUCGAAGUUCCUAUAAUUGCUCAAUGGAUUAGGAUAAAUCCUACAAGAUGGCGUGACAGAAUUUCAAUGAGACUCGAACUCUAUGGAUGUCCAUAUGUCUCUGAAACGUUGUUCUUCAAUGGUACAGCUCUGGUGAAAUGGGAUCUAAAACAUGAGCCGAUUUCUGCGCUGAGAGAAUCGAUUCGCUUCCGCUUCAAAACGAAUGUGAUGGAUGGCGUUCUCAUGUAUUCCCGGGGCACCCAGGGAGACUUUAUUGCCUUACAACUCAGAGACAAUCGUAUGUUGCUCAAUUUAGACCUUGGUUCUGGGAUAAUGACAAGUUUGUCAGUUGGCAGUCUAUUAGACGACAAUGUGUGGCACGAUGUUGUGAUAUCUCGUAACAGAUACGACAUUGUCUUCUCGGUUGACAGAGUUAUGAUUCAGGGACGCAUCAAGGGCGAAUUCCGGCGUUUGAAUUUAAACAGAGAGUUCUACAUAGGAGGUGUUCCAAAUAUGCAAGAAGGUCUGGUCGUUCGUAAAAAUUUCACCGGAUGUAUGGAGAAUCUUCAAAUGAAUACAACAAACCUGAUUUUCAAAGUUAAGGAAGCUCAUUACUCUGGAGAUACUUGGCUAAUGCGCAAAUAUCAGCGAGUCAAUACUAUUUACACUUGUCCGGAGCCACCCAUCAUACCCGUAACAUUUCUAACAGCCAAAUCACAUGCUAUAUUGGGCGGCUAUGAAGGCAUGGAAUCUUUGAAUGUUUCAUUCGCAUUCAGGACCUACGAAGAAGAUGGUCUUCUCGUAUCUCAUAAGUUUUCAAACGAUGGACAUGUCAAGCUUUAUCUGGAGAAAGGUAAAAUCAAGGUGGACGUGAAGACGAAGACGAAUCCGCGAGCGAUCCUGGACAACUACGACGAGCAGUUCAACGACGGCAAGUGGCACCAGUGUGUGCUCAGUGUGGGCAACAACUCACUUGUCAUAGACGUCGAUGGUCGACCCAUGAAGACGGUGCGCCUGCUCACCAUGAAUACUGGGCCCACCUAUCUCAUCGGAGGUGGAGAACAUGGAAUGCCUGGAUUCAUAGGCUGCAUGCGAAUGAUCAGUAUUGACGGAAAUUAUAAACUACCCACUGAUUGGAAGGUGGAUGUUGAAUAUUGCUGCGCGGGAGAGGUUGUAUUCGACUCUUGUCACAUGGUGGACAAAUGCAACCCGAAUCCUUGCAAACAUGGCGGCACAUGUCGUCAAAGCUCUGCCGAGUUCUUCUGUGACUGCGGCAAUACAGGAUACACAGGAGCUGUUUGUCAUGUCUCCCUGAACCCCCUGUCUUGUGAAGCCUACAAGAAUGUGAACUCCGUUGGACAAAGGUCAGAGAUUCAAAUCGAUGUUGACGGCAGCGGACCUUUGAGCCCUUUCCCAGUAACAUGCGAAUAUUAUGCCGAUGGUCGUAUUGUGACAACUCUGCACCACAGCAACGAAGAGAACACACCGGUCGAUGGCUUCCAGGAGCCGGGCAGCUUCCGGCAGGACAUCAUCUACGACGCCAACGAAAACCAAAUCGAAGCUCUCAUCAACCGAUCGACCACCUGUCGCCAAAGACUUGUCUACGAGUGCAAACAAUCCCGGCUAUUUAACUCACCAUCUGGUGAACAUGAUUUCAACCCGUCAUCGUGGUGGGUGUCGAGAAACAACCAGAAGAUGGACUAUUGGGCGGGAUCGCUGCCUGGCUCAAGGAAGUGCGAAUGUGGAGUCAUGGGACAGUGCACUGACAGCACCAAGUGGUGUAAUUGUGAUGCAGGUCUUGAAAGCUGGCUUGCUGACGGUGGAGAUAUAACAGAGAAAGAGCAUCUGCCAGUGAAGCAGCUGAGAUUUGGUGAUACUGGCAACCCAGUCGAUGAGAAAGAAGGACGAUACACUCUCGGGCCGCUACAAUGUGAAGGAGACGAUCUUUUCAACAAUGUGGUGACAUUCAGAAUCACUGAUGCAUCGAUCAACUUGCCCACAUUCGACAUGGGUCACAGCGGAGACAUCUACUUUGAGUUCAAGACAACCGUCGAUAAUGCAGUCCUGUUCCAUGCCAAAGGACCUACUGACUACAUCAAACUAUCUAUUUUGGGUGGAGAUACAAUUCAGUUUAACUAUCAGGCCGGUAAUCGUCCACUGGGAUGCAGUGUCGAGUCUUCUGCUAGAAUUGCUGAUAAUAAGUGGCAUACGAUUUCUGUUGAGAGAAAUAGGAAAGAAGCGCGUAUCGUUCUUGAUGGAGCUAUCAAAUCCGAAGUUCGUGAACAAGCUGGUCCAGUAAGAGCAUUACAUCUCACCUCGGAUUUGGUUAUUGGUUCCACUGUUGAUUAUAGAGAUGGCUUCGUGGGCUGUAUCAGAGCCUUCCUUCUCAAUGGACAACUUGUCGAUUUGCGAAGCUAUGCCGAAAAAGGACUGUAUGGUGUUAUCCCCGGCUGUGUUGGCAAAUGCGACAGUAGUCCAUGCUUGAACAAUGGAACCUGCCAUGAACGAUUCGAUGGAUACUCUUGUGACUGUCGCUGGACAUCUUUCAAGGGCCCAAUCUGUGCUGAUGAAAUCGGUGUGAACAUGAGGCCAAGCUCUAUGGUGAAAUACGACUUCAUGGGCAGCUGGAGAUCCACUAUUGACGAAAACAUUCGAGUUGGAUUCACUACCACCAAUCCCAAAGGAUUCCUACUUGGACUGUUCUCCAAUAUUUCUGGAGAAUACAUGACUAUUAUGAUUUCCAACAGUGGACAUCUCAGAGUAGUAUUCGACUUUGGAUUUGAAAGACAGGAACUUAUUUUCCCCAACAAACAUUUUGGACUCGGUCAAUAUCAUGAUGUCAGAAUCAGGAGGAAGAAUGCUGGCGCUACUUUAUUGAUGCAGGUUGACAACUAUGAGCCGAAAGAGUUCCACUUCAACAUCAAAGCAUCGGCAGACGCGCAGUUCAACAACAUCCAGUACCUGUACAUCGGCAAGAACGAGUCUAUGACUGAGGGCUUCAUCGGUUGCGUGUCGAGGGUCGAGUUCGAUGACAUCUACCCACUCAAGCUGCUCUUCCAGGAGAAUGGACCGCAGAACGUCAAGGCCUUUGGACCGCAUAUAAAUGAAGAUUUCUGCGGAGUAGAACCAGUAACUCACCCGCCCAACAUUCUGGAGACCCGACCGCCGCCAAUAUUGGAUGAAGAGAAGGUUCGAGCUGCUUACCAUCAUACCGACUCCGCAAUUCUAGGAGGUAUCCUGGCGCUGAUAUUCGUGGCGAUAGUUAUAAUGGCGGUUCUGAUCGGUCGGUACGUGGCGCGUCACAAGGGCGAGUACCUGACGCAGGAGGACAAGGGAGCGGACGACGCCCUCGACCCCGACUCGGCUGUGGUGCGAGCGGCCACCGGACCCCAGGUCCACAAGCGGCGAGAGUGGUUCAUUUGAUCUGCCCCUUCCAACCAACACAAACAUAAUAUUGUUAUUGAUGACUUGAAGCAAGCACCUCCACAAGCUGACGCUGUUGACUUCUAUCAAUGUUGAUAAUUGUGCCAAUCUUGUUGAGCAUUUACUUUCACACCGCCUCCACUAAAGGAAUUAGUAAUUUGUUUUUCGUAGUACAUUGCAACCAAAGAACAACAAAGUAGGUUAUUAUCACUAAAAAGUGCUUAACAAAGCUUAACUUAGUAAGGCUUAAAAAGAUGAGAUCUAUUCAUUGCUCUACAAAGAGGGUUUUCAUCUAUGUAGUUUUUUACAAAAAUAUGCUACUAUACUAUAGAUGGUUGAGUUAAGGUGAUGUCAUACCAGGCCGGACUCGACACUGGACAAAAAGUGCACUGCGCAUAUACAAAUUGCCGGAUGCUUCUGGUGUUACAUGGUCUCACCUACUCCAAUACCAAAGCAUCCCCACCCGGUAAUAUCGGUCAUUUUAUCCGUUCGUGUCCGGUUUGAUGUGACAUACCCUUACAAACCUUUUCCUCUUGACUGAACCAUCUAUAUACUAUGGAUCACAUAAAUCUGCUAUCAUGGAUUCUCUCCCACUAUUUGGUUGCAUAGUAGUGGAGGAAAAUCCAGUAUAGAUUUAUAGUCAUUUGGCCUUGGUACAGAUCUACAUGUUGUUAAUGGAGUAUUAUCAAGCUCUAAUUUAGUAUUGAGUAAUAGUAGUUCAUGGUAGCAAUAGUUUCUCCGAGUAGGCCGGUUUUCUAUAGUGCUCCAGAUGAAAAAGUUUCACUGACUCAUAAAGUUCAGUCUCUUUAUUUUAUGUAAUAUCUUAUUUAGAAGGAAAUCUUACUAUAUCCAGUCACGAGUCUUUACUGAUUACAAAUGGAAUAGUUCUAAAAAAUUCGGUACUGUAAACAAUUAAUAUGGUGAAUACAUUUGCAUAUAUAAAUGUUAUUCGUAUAUAUUGCAAUUUUUGAAGCAUUAUUGCACUUUUCUGUAACGUUAUGAAAGACUUGUUAUAGAGCUCACAAUUUAUCAGGCUGUUACAAAGGAGCUUAUUAUAAAUAAAAUGUAUCCAGAAUAUUACCAGUGAGUUGAUUGAACCAUUCAUCAAAAACAUAAUUUAUUGUGCAAAACUAUUAGGUACUCUUACAUUUUGUGAUAAACUGUUUCUUGUCAGUCAGUGAGAUGAAGAGUCUCUUUCAAUAUUAAGGAGCUUUCAAUUGUAAUAAUACACUUGCAUUACUUUGUUUCACAACUCUUUUUUUAUACUUAGCUGAAACUUCAUUAAAUAUUAAUCUCAUCUUCUGUUGGACUAAUUAUAUUGUAUUUAUCAAUUAUCUAAUAGAAUCAUGACAGUCUUUAUUUUAUAGUGCUUACUACUUGUCAAAUAACAACUUACUUAUUAUCUUCAUAUCCGUCCUUAGUUUUAAUUUUUUGCUACGUUGUGGUUUUGCAUUAAUAUUUUUGUAUUAUUUUUAUAUCUAAGAACACACUUUAUAAUCUUUCAGACUAACAUGUUUUUAUUCUAGACUGACGACACCAAAUUAAGUGUAGUCUGAUUAAUGUCAAUAAAAAUACUGUUAUUUUUUACUGUUACAGACAGUAUCAAUCUUAUAACAUUUUAAUAUUUUAAUUGAUUUGUAUUAUUGUCCAAGCUAACUUAUAGUCUGCUUAAUAUUAUGUACAGACUUGGACAUUUGUUUUGUAGAGGUUAUAUUUUCAUUUAAAUUAUCUUUGUAGAUGCAAUCAAUAAUUGUUAUUACUUUUAAAUCUCUCAACGCAAUAAAUAAUUAUUAUCGUUCUCAUUUGACUACUUAGCUUAAUAUAAUAGUUUUUUAAUAGCAUAAUAAUUUAGCAAUAAUUUUGGAAUACAGUAUUAUAUUUAAACCAUAAUUUAUUGGGAUUUGCACUUUUCGUGCUCCAAUAUGUAUUUGUUACAGCAUAGGUUCUCUCGCAAUAUUACAAACAAGCACUUUGAUGUAAGUUUUGUUGAAAUAAUAUGCUAUCAUAUUAAGUGGGAAUUCUAAUGAAUUGAUUCAAUUAAUAAAUCAUAUUAGUACUGUAGUAUAAAACCAAUUUUUCAUAAGUUUGGCAAUAUUAUUUUUAGAUAAGAUACAGUAUUUUUUGUGAUAUUACUAGAUCUGUGUAAAAUUUGUUUAAAAUUGAUUGGAAAAUCAUAGUAAUUAUGCUUUUCUAAGAAAUUACUAUUGAAUUAUUUUGACAGUGGUUGGCGUAGUUACAUUAUUCAUUACUGGCAGCUGUAACACUAACAUAACUGAUUUUAGUUUUUUGUUAGUUAUUAACUCAAUUUAAAAAAUAUACCGCAAUAUUGUUCAAACUGAAUUCGUUGAAAUUUCAACUCUCUGUUCUCUACUGAUGAUCCGAAAAAUCAUCUUCUAUUUUUAUAGAUUUCUGUUUUUACUUAGUACUUUUCUUUUCGGGAUUGGAGAGAUGUAUGCAUAAGAUAGUUUACCUGUCUUUCACUUGAGCUAAUGAUAUUCGAAAUUAAUAAAGUAAUAACAGUAUAGUAGUAACAUUCAAAUAAACAUUGAAUACCUUCCAAUCACAACUAAUUUCUCACUAUAGUAACUUAACUAAAUUCAUUUUACGGAGGAUCUCAAAUUAAAAAAGUAUUUUUGAAGCUUAAACUUCAAGUAAUCUGACGGAUGGUAAAUUUUCAAUUCUAGUUGAUACUGAAAAGUGCCUUCUACGUCAAUGAUUAUUUUACUAAUACGCUGACUUCCAUUAUUGUAAGCUCUUGCCAUGAAUCUCAUUUUUGAUGUUGAUGGUGAUAAUUAGAAUUUCAGAUAGAUAGACAGUGUAAGGAUAGAUAUAUUUUCAAACUGUAUACAUAAGAAUGAAUAUUGGGAUAAGCACAUGUUGAAGUAGUUAUAGUCUGUUGUAAGUUAAAUCACAGGUUUGAUAAAUAUUAUUUAAGUAAUAGUUGUCGGAUUAACAGUUGAACUGUAGAAAACUAGACUUGAAUUUUAGGAAUCGUUCUCCAAAUCAAUUAGAAAUAGCAAUUAUUAGCAAAUAUUGAAAAUUACAUCAAUUAUUGAUUAAGAUAAACUGCUGGAUUUCAUCAAAGUACAAUAUGAAGAAUCUAUUCUUAAGCUGGGUUUACACCAAAGUUAUUAACAAAAUGUUAAUAACUUAAUCCUUAUAGAUUCUAUUAGAUUGAACGGAACUUGACAAACACAUAUGUUCAUCAUAUGUAUGAUAAGUUAUGUUCAAUAUAAUAUAAUCUAUAAGGAUUAAGUUAUUAACAUGUUGUUAUUAGCUUUGGUGUAAAUGCAGCUUUAUUCAGAUUAGAUGUUUUAUGUUUACGGAGUAAUAAUCACAUCUAUCAAGAUAUUAUUUCCCUUGAAUAAUUAGAAUUAGAAAGAUAAUUAGGUACCUAAAUAGUGACUUUAUCCCAAUUGAAUCAGUUAAUUGUUUGAUAAAAUGUUCUUUCAUAUUUUUUCUAUAAUUUAUUCCCUUCAAUCAACUACUUCCUUAUAGUGAAAAUGAAUAGAAAAAUGAAAUAGAAAAAAUGAUUUGUAGUAUUUAAAAAAGACUACCUCAAGAAAUUUCACUGCUUCAAAUAUUGUGAAUGAAUUUGAGGAAUUCUCGCAGAAUUCUAGAUAAAUUUUCAUUUUAUUAUAGUCAUACUGUAAUGAAUAAAUUUGUAAUAAAUUUUCUCUACAUUAUAGAAUAAUUUUCUAACCCCACUUUAAAAACUGUAAAAUAAGUGAGAUGUUCCAUUCAUAACUUCUUAAUAUUAAUCAUUCAACUUUAUAAAAGUUUACAUUUUCUCAAUUUUGACAACCUAUUACUAAAAAUAAUAGAAAUUUCUAAUACGGUACUAUUAUUUCGAAGGGUUCUAUAAUACUAUCUUCAAAUUCUUCAUAUAAAAAUACAUUCAUUAUAUUUCAACACUUGUAUAGCCUUUGUACUUUUCAAGAAUUUAAUAAAUGAUUAUUUGAAAGAUCACUUAUACAGCCUCUAUAAUCAUAUAAGAGGGUGUAAAAGUAUUGUAUAAUCCUCGAAUAUUGAAUAAAUUUUCAACUGUUUUACUUAGUUUUAGUACUCUAGAUAAUGCUCUCUGGUCUUGGUGGUAUCUCAAAUUUUCUGGUUUAAUUUACAAUUACGGUACCAUGUAGCAAACCUUAAUGUUAAUAACGACGUAAUCUGUAAGACACAUUUUCUCAAUUAUUGUAAAGCUUUAGUUAUAAAAACAUUUUUUUAAAAGAUUUAUUUCCUCGAAUACUUAUAGCAAUAUUAUUUCUUGCCUGGUUUCCUUUUGAAUCUACUGAAUUCUAAUAUUUUAUUAUUACUUUAUACCACUUCAAUCAUAGUAAUUACAGUAUUAAUAUUUUGUGCUUUUUCUAAAAUGUAUUGUAAACAUUUAAAUUUUUUCAACAUUUUUAUAGAUUUAUGUAAAUAUUCUUUGAGAAUGCAAGUUUGUAAAUAAAAUGUUCAUAAAUUUUC